UCUCAGCACCCAUUGGUUCAUCAAGUAAGUUUUCAAUAAUGGGAAUAGGAAAUUUAUCCUUGAUAGUCAUUUGAUUCAGACCUCUAUAGUCUACACAAAGUCUCCAACUACCAUCUCUCUUUCCCAAUAACACUACAAGAGAUGCAUAGGGACUGGUGCUAGGUUAUAUUACUCCAUGGUCUAACAUUUCCUGCACUAGCUUUUCAAUUAUAUUCUUCUUAAUUCCAGGGUACCUUAAGGGACUCUUAUUAACGGGAUUGGAGGCUUCUUUUAGAGGAAUCUUGUGAUCAUAAGAACCCCUUUGAGGAGGUAAAGUAGUGAGCAACUCGAAGAUACAUGAAUACUGCUUUAUAAGUGUUGGUAAGUCUGGCAAGGUAUCAGCACUUGUCAUAGCUUGUAUAUUGUGGCACUGAAUAUUUUCAUCCUCGCUGAUUACUAAAGAAAUCAUGAAGAAUUGAGCCUCUGCUCCUUCCUUCCUUAUCAAACUCUUAGCGUUAACAGACUUGAGUUGAUCAUUUGCACCCUUGAGUACAUGCCUCUUCCCUAGGUAUAUAAAUCCAAUGGUUCUCUUUAUGAAAUCAAACAAUAUCCUCAGUGUAAACCCGCAAAACAAAGCCCUCAGCCCCCAAAUUCAUAUCGUGGAAGCAAGCCUCAGUUUUGUGGACCUUCAAUCAUUGAUAUUUCGGCCUGCAGGCCUGCAAUCGCCGGUUCUCUACCUUCAAUCUCUUUGGGAUUACCAAAUCUCAGUCUUCAUCUCCAUUGCCCUCUUUCAUGAUGAUGGGCUUGACAAUUUUGUCAAGGUAUCAGCACUAUCCAGUGUUUGUAAGAGAUUAAAAUGCAAAAAACUAAAUCCAGGUUUCUUUGUGUUUUUGCUGUGAGUCAUGAUCGAAAAUACCAAGGGCAGAAAGCUCUGAUACCAAUUGAUGCAAUGUAGCAGAAUCUAACGAGAAUAGUCAAUAUAGGAGCUAAAGCUCGAAGAAGGUGACAACUAUAUCAGGAUUUAUCGAGAAAAUAACUCAAUGAGAAGAGGAAUUUAGAAAGAAUAGAAAUGUAUUAUCUUCAAAAGUGAUUCAUCAACUACAUGUAUAUCAACUAUAUAUGAUCAGUUGAAGAUUCUAGAAGAUUGUUAUUAGCUAACAACUUAUAACUAACUCUAACCGACUGUAACUAACAUAACUAACUGUUGCCACGUCAGCCGCCAACCAAGCUUCACUGUUACUGCAUUUCAGUUUUUAACUCGAUUUCUUCUCUUUAGUUGCUUAAUUUCUUCUCCUUGGUUGCUUGCCUCCUUUACUUGUAUAAAGAAGGUCCGGGGGAAGAUAGCUCUCAGGGGUCGUUUGGUUCAUGGGAUAAGGAUAAUAAUCCCGGGAUAAAG